GACAGUUUGUCAGUGAGGCUGCCGCCGGUCGUUUGUUUUGACAAACAGUUAUCUGCACGUGUGCUCUGCUUCCAAAACUAUCGACUGGUGUCUGGAGUUCUUAAACAAAAUCGAUUUUAAGUGUUUAUCCAAUCUUAUUUUCUCUUUUACAGAUGGAAAAAGUUUAUAUUGGAGAAGACUCGACUAUCCAGGACACAAAGAACUAAACUUGACUUUUAUUGUUGUGAUGGAGAUCAUGUGAUGAUGGAUUCAGAUCAGACCUCACAGGUGUCUGUCGUACCUGAGCUCUACAUCAGACUGUCUGCUCUGUCCGUUGUGUUCUGUGUCAGUGUUCUGUGUGGUUUUGGUCCGCUGUGGAUCAUGAGACGCCUCGUGUUCUUCACCUCAGAUUCAGGGUCUCGAGGUCUGAUGUCCAGCUUUGCCUGUGGGGUUUUUCUGGCCACUGCACUGUUGGAGCGCCUCCCAGUUUACCUGGACAACACCAAACAGACAUUUGGUCGUCUGGGGGUCACGCUUCGUUUCCCCUUACCCGAGUUCAUUCUGGUCAUGGGCGUCCUUGUCGUCUUGGUGGCGGAACAAAUCCUACUGGCUUUCAGAGACCAGUCCCGCGAUCUGUCGUGUGAGAAGGCAGCUCUGCUGGAUUCCGGUCUCCAGCGAGACGCUCAUUCCUACCAACAGUCACCAUUCAGCCGGAGACGAGCGUCAGGGACGGAAGGAUCCUGUUGUCCAGAGGACGUGAGGUCGCACGCCGGUCUGCGGGUGUUUCUUCUUCUGUUCAGUCUGUGUCCGUACGCUGUCUUCCAGGGUCUGAGCGCCGGAGCGCAGCUGGGACGAGAGCAUCUCCUGGACAUCUGUUUGGCUUUGGUUCUUCGCGAGGGAACCAUCGCUGUCAGUCUGGCGUUUCGUCUGGUUUAUUCUGAUCUCCGCCGGACAGCUGUGGCCGCCGCUCUGCUUCUCUUCUCUGUCAUGAGUCCAGUCGGGAUGGGACUCGCCGGCGUCCUGGCUGAGAUGAAGCCCAGUCCUCAGGUCCAGCUGGUUUAUUCUGCGGUAGAGGGUCUGACCUUAGGGAUCUUCAUCAAUGUCACCGUCGCGGGAAUGAUGUGGUACGGACCGGCCUCUCCAAAGCAUCGCAUCCAUAAAGUAGCUUUUCUCCUAACUGGUUUUGCAGUCUUUACUGGUGUUUUAUUCAUUCAAACAUCAACUUCUGUCGAGGAGUUCAGUGUUUCAGGAGCAGACAGACUAGUGUAGUCAUUCCAUGUCAAGCACCCUGUGCCUUACGAUCUCUGAUCUCUGAACGCAUCUUUAUAAUCCUACUGUUCUUCACUCUUUCUUCAAGUGUAUUCUUUACAAUGUAUUACAGAAGUUGUGUUCAGGUUGAGUUUGGAGUGUAAACUGAAGUUCAGAUUUGAGAAAAGUGAAGAGGAUUGAAAGGUGAAUGUUGGUCAAAUAUGUUCCCUAGACAUGACUUUUGUCCACUGCUGUGUCAGACACAUGUCAAUAGAGUUAAAUUGAGCAGUGCAACGUUGUUUCUUACCUUAAAAGUAAGCGGCUUUUUCCUCGCGGAAGGUCUGCAUUCGGUAAAGAUGAGCUAAUAAAAUAUUUCAAAUUCA